AUGUGCAUUCAAGAUUCUUAUCACUUUCAUUUAACUGUAGAUGGGAAGCAGAAAGUAGCGAAAGAUAUCGUUGAAGCCAUUGACAAGGAAAAGAGGUCACUGACAUUCAAUGUGAUCGAGGGUGAUCUAAUCGAGUUAGACAAAGUCUUUAAAAUCAGUUUCCAUGUUGAAACACAUGAUGACAUUGAUUUGGUAACAUGGAUCCUUGAUUAUGAAAAGUUGAAGGACGACAUUGAAGAGCCACUCACAUUUUUGGGUGUUCUCAUUAACCUCUCAAAAGAUAUCGAGUCGUACCAUCUUAAUUAA